AUGAAAUUAAGUCUUAUCCGUUUUGGUGGUGGUGGUGAUGCUGAAGUUCCAGCACAUAUUCGAGAAAAAAUGUCUACAAAUUGGUAUAUUCGUCAUUUUAAUUCAUAUACAACUCGUGGUCGAGCUAAUUCAGUAAUGGGUGUUAUUGGUGGUUGGAUACUUUUUGGUUAUACUAUGACAAAAUGGUCUCAGUUACGUAAAGCUAAAAAUUUAGCUUCUCAACCUCAUCCAGCUUCAAUUCCAACAACACAUACAUCAUCAGCUAAAAAGAGUACUCAUCAUUAA